UGCUGUACGGGAGUUUGUGUAGUUUGUUUGUCCCCUAACGCUGGGGUCCCAGUGACGGGCAGGAGGGACAAUGGGAGGCUGAGUUAAAUACUCUGGUGCAUUCUUCUUCCCAUCACUCUGAGCCUCUACAGGACUUCUCCAACCUUAGCAGAGAAAGGGGAAUCUACAUUGCCAAGAUGCCGGAGCAAGUACAAGAGAAGCGAAAGUCGAAGAUCUCGGCCUCCCGUAAGCUCAUGCUAAAGAGCUUAAUGGUGGCCAAGGCAAAGGAGGAGAUUGAGCAGGAGAUGGUGGAUAAAGAGGAGGAGAAGGAGAGGUAUCUGGCAGAGAGAGCACCUGCCUUACAGACCGGUGGCAUGUCCUUUGCUGAGCUCCAGGAGUUAUGUCGGGAGUUACAUGCCAAGGUUGACGUGGUGGAUGAGGAGCGAUAUGACAUUGAAGCCAAAGUCAUGCACAACACCAGAGAGAUCAAGGACCUGAACAUCAAAGUUUUGGACCUGAGGGGGAAGUUCAAGCGGCCCAACCUGAGGAGGGUAAGGGUCUCUGCUGACGCCAUCUUGCGCUCCCUCCUGGGCUCCAAACACAAGGUCUCCAUGGACCUUCGUGCAAACCUCAAGUCAGUCAAGAAGGAGGACACAGAGAAGGAGAAGACAGUGGAGGUGAGUGACUGGAGGAAGAACGUGGAGGCCAUGUCUGGCAUGGAGGGAAGGAAGAAGAUGUUUGACGCAGCCAAAGGCCCCCUCCAGUAGACAGAGAAGAGAAUACUCAAAAUGUUUCUUUCAUUUCUAUUAAUCCUGAACAUUCAAAUUGUGUUAAUGGUUUAAAGUCUGGUUUCGGUGGCACUACAAUGCUUGUAUUUAUUGUUUAGCAAGGCUUAUACAGUACAAGCUGUAUGCUGCUACAAUCACAAUGUUCUGCUUCAUCCUCACUGUUAAUAUUGGCCUGAGAAGAAAUUAUAGAGUAAAUUAUAGUUUGUGCAAUUCCACUCAUUUUGCCAUGGGGCAGAGAAAUAAUUUAGCAGUUCUAAAUCUUAUUUGGUUGCCUGA